ACUUCAAGUUGGCAAUUAGCGAUAAAUAAUGCAAUUAUUAUUAGUCGUUUUUUAUAUUUAAUUCAAAACAAGAAAUUCAGAUGGAAUUUAUUGAGCUUAUACUAAUAAAUAAAUUAGAUGGUGUCAUUUUAAAAUAUCCUCAUCAUGACAAUGUAGACGGAACUGUAUGUAUCACAGGCCAUCAUCUUAUUUUAAGUUCAAGAAAAGAAGGCGUUCGAGAACUAUGGCUUCUUCACAAGAAUAUAGACUGUAUAGAGAAAAAGGAAAACAAACUAAGUGGGGGUAUAGUUCAAGGAGGCUCAUUGUAUUUGAAAUGCAAGGAUCUUAGAAUAUUUCAAUUAGAUAUAAGUAGCACAACGGAACUGAAUCUUGUUGCCCAGACCUUAGAGAAUCUAUCAAAUCUACAAGACCCAAGCUUAUUUUAUCCAUUCUUCUAUAGACAUAUGCAUCCUAUUAUGGAAAAUGGAUACACACUAUACAGUAUUGAAGGUGAAUUCACGAAAGUGUUAGCAACAGAAGAAUGGCGCAUAUCCCGUGUAAACCAACAUUAUACAGUCACACCCAGUUAUCCAAAAGCAGUGGUGGUGCCAAAGGUUAUAGAUGACGAAACAUUAUUAGCUGCGGCAAGUUUCAGACAGGGUGGACGAUUUCCUGUGCUCUCUUAUAGGCAUAAUAAUGGGGCGGUAUUAUUACGAGCGGGUCAACCUUUGUACGGGCCUAAACAUAGGAGGUGCAAACCUGAUGAACAUAUUCUCAAUUCAGUUGUCAAUGUUGGUAUGAAAGGCAUCAUUUAUGACUUAAGGAGCUCUAAUUCAAUAUCACAGCAGCAAAAUAAAGGGGGUGGUACAGAGAGUGCAGCGAAUUACUCACAGUGGAGAAUAUACAAUAGAUCAAUGGAUGAUGUUGAUAAUCAACAACAGUUAUUGGAGAGCUUUUCCAAGUUAGUUGAAGCAUGUCUAGACAAAGAAAUAUCAUCAGAUAAGUGGAUAUCAAGACUGGAAUCAUGCGGGUGGCCAGAAUCAGUACGGAAUUCUCUUCACACUGCUUGUAUAAUAGCACAACAUAUACAUCAUAAAGGAGAACCGGUUUUAAUACAUGGUACGCGUGGAGAAGAUGCAACAUUGCUUGUCUGCUCUCUGGUACAAAUUAUAUUGAGUCCCGAUUGUCGCACUAUCAGAGGUCUUCAAGCGCUAAUAGAGCGCGAGUGGCUAGGCGCCGGGCACCCGUUCGGCACUCGGCUGCGUUGCGGCCCGCACGCCACCGCAGCCCGCGCGGCUCCCACCUUCCCGCUGUUCCUAGACUGCGUGCGACAGUUCCUCGAGCAGUUCCCGUGCAGCUUUGAAUACCGGCAGUCGUUCCUCAUCACUCUCUUCGAGCACGCGUAUGCAAGCCAGUUCGGUACAUUCCUCUGCGACAGUGACCAAGAGCGCGAAACGCGCGGGGUCUAUGAGCACACAACCAGUCUAUGGUCAUGGAUCAACCAGCCAGAUGAAUUGACUACAUAUAUCAAUCCAUUGUAUGAUCCCACGCCUAAUGUUAUAUGGCCAUCUGUUGCGCCCAUGAGCUUCGUUAUAUGGGAAGAACUGUAUCUCCGCUGGCUAGUACCGCAACACACGGAGGAACGCGAAGAGCAGUACAAGGUGAUUCGAACAAGGGAACAACAUAUGCGAUCGCAGGCGCAACAGUUGAGAAGGGAGUUACUUGAUCUGGCCGCACAGUACUAUAAUAGAAGUGAUAAAUAGGAAAAAAAACAAUUUAGAUACAAGCUCGUAGUGUGUUAUGAGCGAAAAAUAGAAAAAAAAAAAAAUGAUUCAAUUUAAUUUUAUUGAAUGGCUCAGUAAAUAUUGGCUCUUAAUUGAAUAUGAUUAUUGGUAAGCUUCAUAAUCUUAUGCUAUAUUUUAUCAGAUAGUGGACGAAAUGGGAAUUUUAGUUAUUUAUUUUAUUUUUACAUAGUUUAGAAAAAUAAUUCUGUCUCGAAUUUAUUUAUUUGUCUGAAAAACGAUUGCGAUUUUCAUACAAAUAAUGUAGUCCCAUUCCAAUAGUGUCGUAGAAAAUGUCUCGAAAUAUUAAUAUUCUGUGUCUUUUGUAUGCAAUAUGCAUAAUAUAUGUAAAAUAUAAUAAUAUAUUGUAGAUUUACAAGAGUCAAAGAGGUUUUUUGAGGAUUUUUAUUUAAAUAUACAAUAUAAAUUUAUCAAGGCAAACAAUUAUUUUAUGACCUACGCAAAAGGUUCAUUUAAUAUGAUUUGUCUAACAGAAGGUAGUCUUAUGAAUUGAUUUUUCUUAAUAUUAAAUGAAUCAAUUAGUUUAGAUUUUAAUUAGCUUAACAUUACGUUUAUGUAUUUUACAUAUACAAACAUAGCUAAAUAUAUAUAUCUGGUAAAAUUUGUACGAUCUCACCAUUCAGUACUAAAGAAAAGAGGAAACUAGACAUUCCCAUUGACACUGAAUGUUCUCUACAUAGUUAUUAAGAGCUAGCGCGCAAGAGCAACUUUUGUCUCCGCAACUAUUUUGUCUCUCCCAUCAACUCUAUAGGAAGUUG